AUGGAUGCUAACACGCAGCUCGCGGUUAAAUACCCAUCAGAUGUCCAGUGGUUUGCCAAGGGAACAAGAGUGCGAAUCUUUGGAAAAGAUGCAGUUGCUGUAGAAGAUGUUGAAAAUGGGGAUCUCUUGCUGGGGGAAGAUGGCGAGCCUUGCGAGGUUGAAUCUCUGCACCAUGCACGCGAUAAUCUAAUUGAAUUGAAGCAGUUCACGAGGCACCGUGCGCAUAUAGAGGAUCCCACUCGGCUGCCACCAUUUGGGGUUGUCAAAGUGAACACUUUUGAGAGGGCGGUGCUGACGUUGGCUACUCCUAAUCGAGCUGGUGCAACUCACAACACCAAAACUGAUGUCAAGCUACUCAAGUACUGUGAGCUGAUGGACCACAUGACAAAUGAUGGCCGCAUCAUUAAGCUGAUCAAGAUUAAAGAGAUUCCGUACCCCAGUAACACACCAAAUUCCACGCUUCAAGACAUGGUGAAAAUUCAUCGUGACAAAUAUGAAAACAAUAACAUUGAGUGGCAAUGUGAAGUUGGCGAUUUGAAGUACCUAAGCAAAUGGAUUAGAGCGUCCACAAAGUUACUGUUAUGCCCAAUCUCGUUUGAAAUUCCUUGGCUGUUGCCAUGGUUAGAGUGGAGGUUUCAGAGGAAAAUAACCGAACGAGAAUUGGAGGCUAUGUCUUGGAUGUUGGGCUUUUGGAUUGGAGACGGUUGCCGUAAAGGUGCUUUAUUCGCUCUAAAUUCCGAAGACCAUGACGUUAACGGGAAACUGGAGGAGAAUGCGAAAAUUUGGGGUAUGUCUUAUGAGAAGAGACACUAUCGACGCGAUACUUUUGGUGCAUUCGCUGCACUGCAUACACCAAAGGCAAAUGGCAACGGUCGUCACUGGAACGUAAACAAUCCGUUUAUUGCGGUUUUAGAAGGUCUGAGAUUUUAUGGAGACGGGAUACGCAAUGGGCCCAAAAAUGUUCCAAUAUUCUUGCGGACCGAUCAGCUAUUGGUUCGCAAAUGUUUUAUGGCCGGGGUAAUUGACUCUGAUGGACAUUCUAAUGUGUGUGACGAUUUUAUGAGUGUUGAAAUUGCUUCAGUAUACCCUCCAAUAAGGGACGGUGUUCUCUUCGUAGCGCGCUCGCUUGGAAUUAACGUAUCUGUUCAUAUUAAACCUGGAGGAUAUCGAAAUGGAAUGAACUGCGCGGAUGCAUGGUUAUUCACCUUGUCGAGUGGUAGUAAUCGCGAUAUUCUUCUUUCCAUUUUGAAGUACUGUUCGCAUGGUAGGAAGAAAGAUCCCCCCAUAUUUUAUUAUCAUAAGAUGGAUCCGGAUGCGGGGAUCAAUGUCAAUGCUCUGGAGUCCAAUGCAUGCACGAAAGAAACUGGUGAAGAUGUGAGCUCCACGACUGCUAUUGGUGAAGAACUGGAGAUGGGUUUUGCAGGGUUGCCUGGCUUGAACGUGGACGAAUCCACUUCUACGACAAUUGCUGGGUCAAACGACUCCGACGAUUCCGAAGGUGACGAUGACAGAGCGCUUGCACAAUCCGCAGAAAACUUUGAAUCUGAGGUUGUUGAAAUGGUUUCUGGUGAAGAUUUGGACGAAGAUGGCAAUGACGAGACUGAUCCAGAUAUUAUCGAGUUAGAUACGAACACAAACGACGGAUUCCGCGUUCCGCAUCGUCCAAAGCGGCAAACUUAUUAUGCACGCCGCGUUGACGGCGAAGUGGAGCCGUAUUUGCCCAACGAGGGGGACAAAUACUGUAUCAAGUUCCACAAAUCACGUCAAAGAUUUAGAUUAACUCCCUCAUCGGAAGAAGGUGACAUUAUUGGGUUGAAAGUUUGUGAAAAAGAUCACCCGAUACUAUCCGAAUCUCAAAUAAUAUAUGGGCAAUCUUCUUUUGACGAAGAACGAUCAAAGGCGGAUUACGAAUUAAUCUGUUAUUCCUGCAAAACUGAAGAUUGUGCCGAAUGGAGAAUCGUACCAUGGCCGUUGAAUUACAAAGGCCGGUUGUGUCGUACCUGUUACGAAACCUACUCCAGGAGUCAAACUAGGUGUUCAAAUACUGAUUGCAGACAAAUAUUCCACAAGGGUCAAUUAGGCAAGAAAGCUUACAAAAACGAAAAUCAAGUAAAACUCAAACUGAACCAGGUCAACGCAUCCGCAAAGCAUAAAUAUUUGUGCCACAGGUGCAGUAGUGUCACCAUAACUGAAGGCGAACUCGAGCAUGUCAUAGCCCCAACAAAAUAUCCACCCAGGGAUGAUACGUGCUAUACGUGCGGGCCCAAGACUGACAGACGUUGGCAUAAAAGAGAUGGAAAACUUUGGUGUAACGGGUGUUACAAGAGAUUUGCAAACACGAGAAUGCUUUGUCCAAAUUCCAAUUGCCGUAAGAUUCCUUCCGCGGCAGAAUCCACCAGAAUGAAAUGUGAACCUGGAUCUCCUACCACCUUCCAAUGUCUGGCUUGUAAGACUUUGAUCGAACAAGACACCUCGAGGCCUGCUCUCAAACGUCACAAGCUGGAGGAAAGACUUGAAACUUGUCACUCCUGUGGGCCCAUCAAAUGCAAAAUUUGGUGUUCUUUGCCUUGGGAUAUGAAAGGCUCGGGGCUGCUUUGUAACAAUUGUCGCACUCACUAUAGAACCACUGGUGGCGUAAGAUGUUUGAAUGAUGCUUGCGGCAAAAUUUUGAAAAAAAGCGAACUGCCGGAAUUGAAUCAAAAGGAGCGUACCUUGUCCAAUGGGUCAGUCGGAUUGAAGUAUCUUUGCAUCUAUUGUCACGGGGAUACCAACUGGAAUCCAGAUGCUUGA